AUGGAAGCUUUUAACAAAAAAUUCACUUGUUAUGGUAUAGAGAAGAUAACAAGUGGAGUUGGUGGUUGCUCUGAUUACACCAUCACAGAUGUUAUUAGUAAAAUUGGAGACAACUUUAGGAGAUUGAAUGAAGAUUGCAUGCCUUUAAGCAGAAAUGGUAGGCCAAAUGAAACUUGCACUAAAUGUUUGAAAACAUGGGAGGAUAUCAUUGCAAAAUCAGACUCUACAAGGGAAUCAGAAUCAGCAAAUGCCAGUGAUUAUCUUUGUAGGUUUGCUGUGCUUGUCUCACUAACAAGCACAAGAAUUUACGAUAGGGAGUCAAUUCAGGAAGUUUAUAAAUGCCUUGGGGAAUACAGCCAUUCUUCAGUUAAUCAAGAAGUUAAAGUUAAGGCUAGUGCCAAUGCUAAUAUCAACUCAAGAAAAGUGUACAAAGGUGUACUCUCCAACAAUCAAUCUGUUGCAGUGAAGCAUGUCACCAAUGAAGGCAAUGGUAAAGUUCUUUCAUGGAUUCAAAGACUAGAGAUUGCCAUUGAUAGUGCAAGAGGUCUUGAGUUUCUCCACACCUACCCAAAUGGCUGCAUCGUUCACCGUGAUAUAAAGGUUAUGGACCUUGGUCAAUCCUACAUGAGCUCUGAAGUAAGAGGAACAUUUGGUUAUAUUGAUCCUGAAUAUAGGACAAAUCACCAAGUAAAAGCCUCAGGAGAUGUCUACAGCUUUGGAAUAGUGUUAUUGCAACUUCUAUCAGGACAAAGGGUCCUAAACAUUGAUUUCCAGAGACCAAUGUCCCUGGGUAAAAUGACUAACGGCGGUGCUGAAAGUGACGACACUUUGCCCAUGCAAGGGUUGCAACAAUAG